AUGGCUGUCAGUGGUGGGGUGUACCCGAUGGACCACGCCAUGCAGUAUUCUGGUGAGUCCAAGUCUCAUUCCUUGCGUUUCAAACCCUCUUCGGUCGGUUUCUGGUCUGGACAAAAGCUACUCUGUGGUGCUUGUGCGAUCAGGGCAAUGCAGCCCAGCGAGGGAGGAUUCACUUCAUGA